CCCAUGGCGACCGGCAGGAGCAGCCUCCAACCAGCAGAGGGCGAAAUUUCAGUGAAAGCUGAGGCAGAGCACAGAGGUGAAGAGGAUGAGCUCAGAUGGAGAGGGAUCAACAGGAACCAUGCUGAAUCAUACAAACCUUUCACAUCAACGAGCUGGAAACCAGAGCAGCACAGUGUGAACCGGGCUGGAGAGAGGAGAUCUCAAACUGUUGAAGGACUGGACCACAGAUCCUGCCUCCCUCCUCAGACUCUUCCUCUGAAAAACUCUUCUUCAUCAUCCAGCGGAGACCUGAACCCCAGCAGACAUGUCCUACACCCACCGGUCCCCUGUCGUCCUCAGCCCAUCAAAAGCAGCCCUGUCUCCCUCCCCUGGCCUCUGUCUGAGUCCACAGACUGGGUCUCUGCUCCUGGAUCCAGCCUGGUGAUACCACCUUCUCCAAAGUCCCAUCCUCUACGUUUCCCUAGCAUAAUUCAGACUGGCCAACAAGGCAGGAAGCCGGUCUUUGGGUCCAUGUGGUACAAACAAGGUGCUGUAAAACCUGCGACUAAAGAACCGACGGUGCUGUUCAGACUGAGGAGUCUGACGGAUCACGCAGAGAGUCCCACCAAACCCCAGGAGAGGAAAGACAUCCAGACACAGAGAACAGAGAGGGGGUCUGCAGACGGGCACAGAGAGGCGUGUGACGGGCCUCUGGACCUGUCCAAAUCCAUCCAGACCACCACAGAUUAUUCACCUUUGACCUCACGAGGGGGAGAGAGAAUCCACAGCAGCCCGGACGGGGAGGUGAAUCUAUCAGCACAGAGACCAGAAACAUCACCCGCCCCCUCUUCCUCCCCCUCCUCUUCAUCACCAGCCAAGCUACAUGAAAAAGAGCCCUCCCCUGACCACAACCACACGCAGGAAGUCUCCAAGCAGAGAGGCCAGCUGAACGGAUGCACAGAGCAGAACAACACCAAGAAGGUUCCUGUCCUCACUUUAUCUCUACGCCCAGUAGUAGUGCUGGAGAAUCUGAAUUCCGCUCUGCAAAAACAAGACUCACCGUCAAACAGCAAGUCAUCCUCACCUGCAGCUGAGACAGGAAGCAGCUCUGACGGGCAGGAAGAGGAGGGGAGUGUGUCGGGUACAGAGAGCAACCGGAGCUGUAAGAGGAAGAGGAUGGAAACGGACAGAGACUCAGAGACGGACAACGUCCAGCCUGAGAGGAAGAUCCAGCUCACCGUGAGGUCUGAGGAAAAGAGUCCCAGAUAACAUCACUUAAAGCUGAUCUAACUGAAUGUGACCACACGGGGGCAGCAGAGACAAGUUAUGAACAUGUCAUCAUCGUGUCAAAUCAGCCAAGAGGAGCUGUUACAUGUCCAGAAAACACUCUGUUUGUUUCUGCUCAAAGCUAUGAACUUAUGAGGACUGAAAAUAACUCUCUCUCUCCAGCUCUGAUUAUCCUUCUGUCUCUUCAGCUGCCAACACUCCUCUUUACUCACACUGUCUCUGCUGAGACACCCUCACGUAAAGACUGAAAUCAAACGAUUAUUUAGUGGAUGAAAAGGUUAGUGUGUCUGUGGGGUAACAGUCUGGGAAUCUUGGUGAUGGGAAUUAUCUGCAGGUUUCUACUUCACAUUCAUUUAGUCAUGUGAUCUACAGGUGAUCAGAGCAACGUUAAGUUUAAAUAUAAAGAGACAGCAGAGACUUUGAAGAACUCACCUCUGUUUACAGAUUCCACAAAGUAAAAUUUUACCUGUACUGUGGGUCUAAUCUGAGAAGUGCCUGCCAAUCAGGUGUCA